AUAGUGGCAGCAUACAACACCUUCAGUCGCUAAUUACGGGCUCAGCUUACGAUUUCUCGCAUUCCGACCGUCACUUAUUCCAGCCUUAAUAUUGACCAGACUGCAUAGACAGUCGAAUUAGGCACAUAGAUCUCCCUCCAGUUGCACACAGCCCUGGCUUCUAGUUGAAAACCAUAGCUUGAUUAUCACCUCCAAACAGCGCCAGCUCGUACCAGUCCACCAGCCUUGCUUUAUCAUCAAUACAAUGGGUAACGCUUCUUCACAGCUUCUCGACAGCCUCAUGGAAGGCACCAAUUUCGACCGUGACGAGAUCGACCGCUUGAGAAAGCGGUUCAUGAAACUCGACAAGGACGGCAGCGGCACCAUCGACAAGAACGAGUUUUUGGCGAUUCCAGGCAUCUCCUCCAACCCAUUGGCUACAAGGCUAAUGGACGUCUUCGAUGAGGAUGGCAGCGGUACCAUCGACUUCCAGGAGUUCAUCACAGGGUUGUCUGCAUUCAGUGGUAAGACCUCAAAGUUGGACAAGUUAAAGUUUGCGUUCAAGGUGUACGAUAUCGACCGCGAUGGGUACAUCGGCAACGGUGAGUUGUUCAUCGUGAUGAAGAUGAUGGUGGGCAAGAAUUUGAAAGAAGAGGAGUUGCAGCAGAUCGUCGACAAAACGAUACGGGAGGCCGACCAUGACGGCGAUGGGCGAUUGAGCUUCGAGGAGUUCAAGAACGCCGUUGAUUCCAAAUCGGUAGCCAGUGCCUUGACUUUGAACAUGUUUUAGAACACUUCGAAAAGGACCCUUCACAUUCAUUCAUAGUUUUGCACCUACGUUUCCAAGCCAUUAACAAGUUUCCAGCCAUCCACUGCCCCCACCAUACACAUAUAUAUGACUUACAGCUUACGUUUCGCCAGUAUGUGUCGCCAUGAUGCCCCAGUAAGUCGACGUUACCAACAAAGCGACAAGUCUAUCCGCUUUAUCUAGAAGAAUAUAACCAUAUCAGACUGUUUGGACUGUGCAAUGAGAAUUCUGAACACUUAUUGUGAUACUGCGUCUUCAUAAUUCACUUCUGUCGAUUUCACACUGUGUGCCCAUUUGGUUCAAUUCUAUUCCUUAGAGUAAUUUCUUCUAUCUAUACAAUACCAACUGCUCUCUGUCUGUUAAGUCCAGGGAAUAUUGUAGGGGGA